AUGGAGGAGAAUGACCCCAAGCCCAGCGAAGCGGCGGCGGCGGAGGGGCAGCGGCCGCCGGAAUCCAGCCCCAGCGGCGGCGCCGGCAGCCCGGGUGACGCGGACACUGGCCGCCGGCGGGCUCUGAUGCUGCCUGCGGUUCUGCAGGCGCCGGGCAACCACCAGCACCCACACCGCAUCACCAACUUCUUCAUCGACAACAUCCUGCGGCCCGAGUUUGGCCGGAGAAAGGACGCGGGGACGUGCUGUCCCGGAGCUGGAGGAGGCAGAGGCGCCGGGGCAGGCGGCGAAGGCGGCGUGGAGGGAGGCGGCGGCGCGGGCGGCGCGGAGCAGCUCCUGGGGUCGGGCCGGGAGCCCCGGCAGAACGCGCCCGGGGCGCCUGGGGCGGGCGGGCCUCUGCCCGGCGGUGGCGGUAGCGACUCUCCGGGUGACGGCGAAGGCGGCUCCAAGGCGCUCUCACUGCACAGCGGCGCCAAGAAAGGCGGAGACCCCGGGGGUCCCCUGGACGGAGCGCUCAAGGCCCGCGGCUUGGGCGGCGGCGACCUGUCGGUGAGCUCAGACUCGGACAGCUCGCAGGCCAGCGCCAACCUGGGCGCGCAGCCCAUGCUCUGGCCGGCGUGGGUGUACUGCACGCGCUACUCGGACCGACCUUCUUCAGGUCCCAGGUCUCGCAAACCAAAGAAGAAGAACCCCAACAAAGAAGACAAGCGGCCCCGCACGGCCUUCACGGCAGAGCAGCUGCAGCGGCUCAAGGCCGAGUUCCAGACCAACAGGUACCUGACGGAGCAGCGGCGCCAGAGCCUGGCGCAGGAGCUCAGCCUCAACGAGUCGCAGAUCAAGAUCUGGUUCCAGAACAAGCGAGCCAAGAUCAAGAAGGCCACGGGCAGCAAGAACACGCUGGCCGUGCACCUCAUGGCGCAGGGUCUGUACAACCACUCCACCACCGCCAAGGAGGGCAAGUCCGACAGCGAGUAG